CUUUGUUGAUAGUGAUAAAAUGAAUGAAAAAUGUUAUUUUUAUUCUUAUAAAUUUUAUUCAUCAAAGUAAGAGACAGCAAAUAUUGCGGAUAUUUUAAAAUAUAGAUGUCAUAAUAUUAUAUCAAAAUAUCUAAUUCAUAUUUAGAAGUGUGCAAGUUUCAUUUCCCAUUUCAGAAAGUUUGCAAAAUGAUAUGUUUUAUCAAAUAUCUUGGUUAGAUAUUUUUAUAUUUUUGGAAUGUGUAUUCUUGAAUUCUCUUCCCGUAAUGUAGCUAGCGGUGAUUAGUGCAACGCCCAAAAUGGAGGUUUUUGGAAGUUGAGAUGUAAACACGAACAUAGACGAACAAGAAUAGCAUGAAAUAGAGUAGAUAGUUUCUAAAUCACCAAGCAUUUUACUGACAUGCAGAGUCAUUUGAUUCUGGACUGGAAAAGAGAAAAAAUCAAGAGCAUGGUUUCUAACAAAAAUAAACAUACUGCUGUGCCUUUUUAUGAAACAGAAAAGAUACCAUCCAAGGAGUCCUUCUUUACGUAUGUCUCCUCUUACUUUACCAAGAGAAGCAUCAGUGCUUUUGUGGUCAUUUUGAUUUUGGCCACAGCUUUUGUCUUGGUAGCAUGUAUUGGUGGAAAUUUUCAAUCUAAGGUGUGUUCAGACCACAAAUCUGUGCAAUUCAUUGCAGCACCCCAGAACAAACUUCAUUACCAGAAGAACUUAAAGAUUGCACAUUCAAAGCGAAGACUUCCACAUUGCAUCAUCAUUGGUGUUCGUAAAGGUGGAACAAGAGCUUUGCUUCAGUUUUUAAAGAUUCAUCCAGAUGUACAAGUUGCUCCAGAUGAAAUCCAUUUCUUUGAUAAUAAUGAAAACUAUAGUAAAGGAAUUGACUGGUAUCGCAGAAGAAUGCCUCAAUCAUUUGAAGAGCAGCUCACAAUAGAGAAGUCCCCAAACUAUUUUGUGGAUUGGAACACACCCUUUCGUGUAAAAAUGAUGAAUUCUUCUAUCAAACUGUUGCUGAUUGUGAAAGAUCCAGUAUACAGAGCUGUGUCUGAUUAUGCCCAAAUCAAAGAUGUACGGGAAUCAAAAGAUUUAGAAAUGGAGGAUUUUGAAGAUUUGGCCAUUAAUAUGGAUACAGGACGAGUGAGAAUCAAUUAUAAGGCAAUUAAUCGUUCAUUAUAUUACAUUCACACGAAAAGAUGGCUAAAACAGUUUCCUCUGGAACAAAUUCAUAUUGUGGAUGGUGACAAUUUGGUGUACCAUCCAAAGAAAGAAUUGGAAAAAGUGGAGACAUUUCUAGGCCUCAGGCAUUAUAUUCAAGAGGGUCAUUUUACUUUUGAUAGAGACAAAAGGUUUUUCUGCAUCAACAAACCAAAUGGUGCACACAAAUGCCUAAACAGAACCAAGGGCCGACCUCAUCCCAAGAUUGACCCAGAUGUUGUGAAGCAGCUGAACGACUUUUUUGAACCCUAUAACAAGAAGUUCUUUCAGCUAGUUGGAAGAACUUUCAAGUGGCCCAUCUCAGGGAGGAGAUCUAUAAUCUGAAUUCCAAGAGGAAAGACUUCUACUGACAUUCCUUUCUCUGAGUUUCAAAGGGACAUAACUCAAGAUAUGGACAAAUACGAUGUUCAAUAACCUCUGUCAAAUGACAUUCCUUUACACCAAUGGUUAACGGUUGCAAUAAAUCUUCAUUUUUGUAUCAUUGUAUAAAGGUAGACUGUGGUAGAUUUCCUGUACAUGGCAAUGUGGUCAGUGAGUGGGCCGCUAACCAUAGAACAAUUAACCCAUUGUAAAAUAUGAGAUAUCCAUAUACUUACAUAUUCAGUUAAUUAAGCCCAAGUUAGACACUUGAAUACCAUAAAUUGCAAUUUGGGUAGUAUUUGUAAAAAAAAAAAAAAAUUCAAUUUUUCUUGCAAUUGUUAACACAUUAAUGCUCAGUGUGUCAAAAGGUUCAGUUUGUAUGCUUUACAAUUCCAUGUGACCAUUUUUAAAUAAUAAGUAUGCUUAAAUACUGAAAUAGAACAGAAAAGUCUUUUUUAACAGAAAGUGGUCUUUAGUUGUUAAGAAGUUUUUUGUGCAUUUGUAACUUGCGAUCACUGUUUUAAGGAAUAAAUGUGUAGGAUGUCGGUGGUAUUGGGGUAUAUACACAAUGGAAGCCGGGAUAAUUUGUAUGAUUAGGAUUAUGCAGAAAUUCCCAUAGGCUUCCAUUGUUUUCGUUAAUCCACCUAGAUAUUUAUAUUUUGUGAUGAUGGUUUUUUUAUAAGUAUAGAUUUAGGUUUUUUGUUGGGUUGAAAGGUCACUUGCACAUCAUAGUGCCUUCAAUAAGAAAUGAAAAUGCAAAGGCUUAUUACAUACUAAACAUUAGAUAUUGUAGAAGAACAUGAUAGCUUUUCAAAUUAAGAAAAAAAUUGUCUGAAGGACUGUAGAAAAUAAUUUUUACUUGGCUAUAGAGAUUAGGUAACUGGAUAUUCAUAUCGUGUGGAUUUCUUGGUUAUACUAGUAAUGUACUCCCUGACUGAAAAGUGCUAGAAAUGUGGACUAUCCACUCAGUGCAGUUGUAGAUCCGAGGGUUUUAAGAUUAGGCAGCAGAAUCUGAAUCCGUUUUAUGGAUUGAUCUAUAGAUGUUGUAAAGCUUUCUUUUCAUGACCACAGAGUUAUAUCUUACAUAUACUUGUAUCAAUGUACUUAUGUAUAGAAAACUACUUUGUGCUUCUACUUGCCAAUUGUUUGAACUUUUUUCCAAUCUAAUUAAAAUCAUAUCCUUUGAUCCACUCACGUAUAUCUCUACACUUGCUCAGUGACUUACACUGUAUGUGAGCAGAUCAAAGAAUCUGAUUUUAAUUAGAUUGACUUUUUUUAUUAUUUCAUCUUAAAAGUACUUUAAGUAAAAAAAGAGUACCUGCUGUUACAUUUAGGUAUUAUUGCAAAAUUAACUCUAUGAAGUAUACAAGCCAAACUCUAUCUGUACAUAAGAUGCUGUACCUACACAUCUUUGAAAAUUGUUUGUUUGUUUGGUUGUUAUUAUUAAGAUCAUUGCAUGUGUGCGAUCAUGGCAGUUGUUCUUUUUAUGAGCAUGAUGCCUAUUUACAGGUAUUGUACAUUUGAACUUUUUGUUCAAGUAGCCCUUUUUGACUUUUCAAUUACAUAUACAUGUGAUUGUGCUUACAUUUUUUCAUUCUUGUUGAUUUCAUUAUCUCCUAAUGAAAUUAUGUGUUAUUUCGACAAACAUGUACAUGUAUCAGAAUAUGCAAUUUUGUUGGAUUGUCUGUUUGUCUGCCCAGAGUUACAUUGCCACUUCCUGGCCAACCUUAAGCAAUUUUGAAUUGGGUGAUUUGAGCUUGCAAAAUGGAUGAUGUUGAAUAUCUAAGGGUUUUUUGACACAAAUGAUACCUGAAAUUGAGGAACUUAUAGCAUAUUGUCCUUCUUUAGGGGAUGAGUAUGAUGGUUUGGCAACUAUGCACUUCCCCAUGUAUCGAUUAUUAUACCCUCUGUGAAAUAUUUAUACAGAGAUUGACAGUCCUUUUCAAAGCUUACUCUUGAGACAAUGUAAUAAAGUAUCUCUCCGAAGCCACACUGCUAUUUGUGUAGUUAUAUAAAUAUACCAACCUUAAGCAAUGUCAAAUAGAGUGAUUCAAGGAAUGAAUGCCAAGGUUGUUUGUCUUAUGGGGUUAUGAAAACAAUGGAAGCCCAGGAUAAUUUGCCUGAAGCCAGUCCUGCAGAACUUGUUCCAUGCUUCCAUUUGUUAUGAUAUAUUCCCAUAGUAUAAACAAUCUAGAGGUUUUGUAAUUUAACCUGUUUCUUUUUUAUGAACAUCAAAGGUUUAUUGCUGGCAAAACAUUGAUAAAUGGGAAUAAUUGGGUUUGCAAAUUAGGUGAUAUUAAAUUUUGUUAAGAAGGUGAAAGAAAAACUUUUUUGCCCCCCCCCCCCCCUCUAAUGAAAUGACAUGAAAAUUACCAGAAAUUGACAAAAUUUUAGGAUAUCACCUUCCAUUAGGGAAAGGGUACGAGUCCAAUAUGUUGGCAAAUAAUCACUUUGCCAUGUUUUGAUUAUUUCAUCUCAUGCGUGUGUUAAUGUAAACCACCCAUUGGAUAAACUGUAGCUUUAUCCAAUACCCAUUGGAUAAACUUUAACUUUAUUCAAUACUCAUUGGAUGAAGGUACUGCCAGUUGUUGCACACAAGUAAAAUCACAAUGCAACCUUGCAUGUAGUUGAAUUGGUGGCAUAAACAAAGGAAGAAAUUCAAAUGCAAUUAGUAUAAAAAUAAAACAUUUAGAAUAAUAAUGUGAUUUUAUAUUCGCUUUAUUUAACGUGUAGUGUGUAUUUGCUCAGCAAAAUACAUGUGUUUCCAUUCGACUCAUUGGAUAAAGCUAUAUAAAAUAUCACUUUAGAGAUAUCUUUAAAAAUGGAUAAGAGAAUGUAUGAUAUUUACUGUUUAGAGUUUGAAUCAGAAUUAAGGUUUUUUCAAAGCUCAUUCUUGGGACAAUGUAAUACGGUGUAUUGAUUGGUUUGCUCAUACAAUAGGGUAUUUGUGGUUGUCCAAUAUUUUUUUUAUAUGAUGUGACUAUUUUUUUCUUAUGGCUGUAUGUAUUGUCUGUGAUUGAUGGUUGUGAACUGCAUGUUGUUUAGCAUUUACUGUACUGUUAUUAAUUAGCAUUUAUUGUACUAUAGAAGUUUGUAAGGAAAAGAUACAUAUGUCAUCAAAGCAAACAAAUAUGAAUGAAUGCACAGAAGUAGACUGAAUUGUUGCAAGAUGUGACCCAGAUAUUGUUGGCCAGCCACAAAUACCUGAAUAUUUUUUCUUGCCCAUAUUCAGGUGAAACAAUCAAGGUAUUUAUGAUAUUUGUGAUUUUAGAUUAACAAGCAGGGUAUAAUUGUUUUUUGUGCACAUUUCUUUACUGGUAUCUACUUUGCUUCUUUGGAGUUGUGCAUUUUUUUAUGAGUAUACUCAGGUGAUCUGGUAUUUUUUGUCUGGCUUGUCUGUUGUUCAUCAUGCAUUAUCGGUUAAACAUUUUCAAAGUCUUCUCAUAUACUACAUGUACUAGUUGAAUUUUUAUCAAAAUUGGUAAAUAGUACUUAUGGGGUAAGGGCAACAAAAAUAGUGACACUUCUUUAGGGCUGAGGGACAAAGCCAAACCCUUAAAAAAAAUGCAAUCUUCAAAAAUCUUUUCUAUACUCUAAUACUCUAUGACAUUUAGGGGGGGGGGAUGUGUAUGCAUAGUCGAGACAAAUAAGGAGGCCUUUACCAAAAAUUUGACAUUUUUGCCUCUUCGGUCAGACAUGCUAUGAUGGUCCUCACUGACUCAAUGAGAUGAGCCUGUACCAAAAUUGUGAAAUUUGUGGCUCCUGGAUCUAAUGCUAGGGUAAAGUUCUUGUGGCUCAUAUAAUGAAAAUGCAUUAUUUCUUUAAAAUAAUUUCCAUAACUUCUGGACAUCAAACAACCCAAAUGAUGUUCAGAGUAAUACUGAAAGCAAAGCUUCUUCGACAAAAUUGAAAUUCAUGGCCUCUGAGUCUAGGGUUCUGGUGCCAGGGCACAUCUAAUUAUUGCUCAUAAAGUGGAAAUACAUAAUUUCUUAACAAAUUUCAUUUUUGACUUCUGAACAUCAAACAGCCAUACUGUAUUCAUAGUAAUAAUGAAGAGAGAGGCCUCUACCCAACUUUUGAUAUUCAUAACCCUUGAGUCUGGGGUUCUUGAUGGCUCACAUAGUGAAAAUAUAUCAUUAUGUACAUUAUUAUCUUCUUGACAUCAAAUAACAAAAUGAUACAGAGAGAAGCCUCUAUCAAGACGAAAAUUCAUGGCCCCUGGGUUGCAAUAAUUUAGCUCUCCAACUUUUUGUUUAUUCUGACAUUUUUGGGACCAAAAAAAAAUGUUGGAGAGGGCUACAUUAUUGCAGCUAGGGGUCUGGGUGCUAGGACAGGGCUUUUGAGGUUCAUUUAGCCAAAAUGCAUUAUUUCUCCAGUUCUGAAUGCCAAUUACAACAACUGAGUGCAUUGUGAAAAUUAAUAGGGAAGCCUAGGUCAUGCCCCCUGGAAUUGGCUGUGUCUCUGGCAUCAAAAGAGUUAAAUAUAACUGUGAUGCAAAUCUUUAAUACUGACAUUAGAAGAUAUCUUAUGCCCAAAGAGAUUUUAGCUCACCUAUGCCAACUGCUCAAUUAAGCUUUUCUGAUCAAGAUUUGUCUAUUGUCUGUCAUUGUAAACUUUUCACAAUGUCCUGUUUUUCUCCAGAACCAUCAAGCCAAUCUCAACCAAACUUGGCACAGAGCAUCCAUUGGUGAAGGGGAUUCAAGUGAAGUGCCAUCUUUCUUUCCAAGGGGAGAUAAUCAAGAUAGAGCAAAAAACAGGAUAGGGUCAUUUAAAAAUCUUCUUCUCAAGAACUGCUGGGCCAGAAAAGAUGAAAACUUAUGUGAAAGCUUCCUGACAUUCUGAAAAUUUAAUUUUGUCAAAAUCAUAGCCAGGAUAGGGUGGGGCUACAAUAGGGAUUGAAGUUUUACAUGAAAUAUUCAGGAAAAAAUCAUUUAAAUUCUUCUCAGGAAUAACAGAGCCAUGAUUAGUGGUGUUAAUAUGCAAGAAUCCACAUGCAGAUUCAAGUUUGUUCAAUUCAUGGCUAGGGAAUGGGAGGUAGGGUUGUAGGAUGGGGCCUCUAUAGGGGAUCAAAGUUUUACAUAAGAAUAUGUAAGAGAAAAUCUUGAAAAAUAUUAUUCUUAAGAGCAGCAGGGGCAGAAUUAGUCAUAUUAAUAUGCAAGCAUCAGGUAGUGCAGAUUCAAGUUUGUUCUGUUCAAUUACUUCUGUGGGGCAUAACGUCUUGGCAGAGGAAUAUCAAUAGUUCAUGCUAUGCACAAAUUGAAGGUUGAUGUUGAGAGGUAUCUCCGUUAACCAAUGACAUGGUACCAUUGUUGGUUGUGUGUUACACGGGUGACUGUGAAGGCCCACGGGUGUUUGUUUUUUUUCUUACGUUAUUUCUUAAUUUUUUAUAUGAAACUGAUGGUAUUUUCUGGGUCCACCAACAACUCUGUAUUAAGUAUUGAGAUUAUUAUAUAUGCAGUAUUUUCCAGCAAGUUAAACAAAACGUUUUUCGUCAAAAAUAUCUGCAUUUGUACUUACUUUUUGUAGGUCAAGAAUGAUUUGGCAGAUUCAAUCAUAAAUAAGUGCUAUCAGUAUUUAUUAUAUCCAUGAAGAUUCAUAUUUUGGAAUUGAUCAUCAUUUAGUACACUAAAUGGGAGUGCAUCGAAAUGUGAAUAUCUGAAUAAAUACACAUACACUGAUACAGUAUCAAUUUUGAGAACUAAAUAAAAGGAUUACCUUUUAUUUUGCAUUUUAUAUAAAGCUGUUGCGAUAUAUUAAUUAAUGAAAGUACUGGGAGUUGAAAGUUCGAUACCUAUAGUAGAGACUUUGAUAGGGUUAUUUUAAACCUAGUCUAUGUAUAUAUAACUGUAGUCAUUGAUUUCUGAAACCAUUAAUUUAUUGCAAUAUGUAUAGUUCCUAUGUAUUUUUAGAAACCUCUUUUAGUAUUUGUAAACAUCUAUGAAAACUAUGGAAUCCUUGGCAACCAAGGUUAUGCUGUGCUUGCAUGGAGUUCCUAUAAAGAGAUAGAAAUUCAGUAGUUUUGUUGGUAAGAUUUUGCAUGCUAUAUAUCUUUGGUAUCCAAGGCGAUUUCUUUAUGUAAACAAUAUUCUAUGUGGAUAUGAUGUAUGUUUUAUAUACCCAUAUUGUAAGCAAAAGUUGUUAAUAAUGUUUAUAUAGGGAUUCUGUUUUAAGGAUCCUUUUGGUUGGUUUGUUUGUUUUUUUGGUCCUGUGCAAAAGAACGGGUUUAUGUGUGAUUUUUUACACAUUUAAUAUUGGACUGCAUUGUACAAUAUAUACAUUUAUAUCCCCCAGUAAAGUUAUAUUUAUUAAUGUGA